AUGGAGCACAACGACUAUAGUGAGCCUGAAUCUAAGGUAGCUCUCAAAGAUAUUCCAAAAGUACACACAAAAUGCAACCACAUCCGUCCACACACAAGUCCACAUGUAUCGCCAGAAACAACCAAUCCGUCUACUUCAGGCCUUCAGACGACGCUCGCGGAAGAGACAGACAUCAUGAGAAAAGAUGAAGAGGAGACAAACGGAGGAAAGGAAAAUGAAGGGUCCGUAUCGGACUGGAUCUCUGGAGGACCGAUUGGUUCUAAAGGAGCCGUUCUUAUAUUUAGAUCCUGCGUUCUCGCAUCUAGAACCCCCUCAACGGAAACAACGAAGACUGUAGGAAAUAACACUGGAAAUAAUAUUUUGUUAAAUAAAGCUAAAAAUAUGGCUAAAAGACUAGUAUCUGAACCCCACUCCUUUAGCGUUAGACCGAAAAAUAUCAUGCACGAUGUAAUGGAGACUUUUGGAACUGUUAAUAAGAUUUCCGGGCAAGCCUACGUUGUAAGGCAUGUUAGUAACACUGAUGUUCCGGAAGCACUUCCAGUAGAGGAACAAGGACAUGAAACUGCGGAACACAAAAGAGAUAUAGAUGACGUGCUCAAUGAUCUCAGUAAAAUAACACUAAAAAAGCAUUUAGACAUCGAAAAUACAACCGCUAACAUCAAACCAGCCGAGGAUCCACCUACGAAUGAUAAAGAAAACAAAGAAGAUAAAAAAGUCAAAAAAACUAAAUUAAAGACCAAACGCAAAUCGCCCCAAAUCAAAGGAAGUUUAUCACCACAAGAUAGUGAAGACUCUGAAAAUUUAUUAGUAAAAGAAGUUAAUAGUAUUAAGGUACUAGAAUGCAGUAAUAUGCCGGCUAAUAUUCUAAAGAUCACCUACAAGUUGGUGAAUACGGAGACCAAACUUCUGCAUCGAUUGUUGCAAGCGCACGGGCUACAGGAAGCGUCAGCAGAUUCCAAGGAUUUUACUUUGCUAUGGGCUGGACUACAUCCAAAGCCUGACGUUUUGAGAUCACUGACGCCUUAUCAGAGAGUUAAUCAUUUUCCUCGAUCGUACGAACUGACCCGCAAGGACAAGCUGUUCAAGAACAUAGAGAAGAUGCAGUACUUCCGUGGUAUUAAGAACUUUGACUUCAUACCCACCACGUUUCUAAUGCCGACGGAAUACAAGGACCUGUGUACGGCACACUACAGAACCAAGGGUCCGUGGAUUGUGAAACCUGCGGCCUCCAGUCGGGGCCGAGGGAUUUACAUUGUUAACAACCCGGAACAGAUACCAAAGGGUGACAACGUGGUCGUGGCGAAGUACAUAGACAAGCCGCUCUUGAUAGAUGGUCACAAAUGCGAUUUGCGGCUGUAUGUGUGCGUGACCUCGGUCGACCCUUUGCUCAUAUACCUCUACGAGGAGGGUUUAGUCCGCUUCGCUACGGUCAAGUACGACAAUACCAACAAGAACCUGUGGAACCCCUGCAUGCACCUCUGUAACUACAGCAUCAACAAGUACCACACAGACUACAUCAAGUGCUCGGACCCGGUGGCGGGCGACGUGGGGCACAAGUGGACGCUGUCGGCGCUGCUGCGGCGGCUGCGGGCGCAAGGCCGCGACACGCGCGCGCUCAUGGCGCGCGUGGAGGAGCUGGUGGUGAAGUCGGCGCUCAGCUCCGCGCACACCAUGGCGCAGGCCGCGCGCGCCUUCGUGCCGCACGCCUUCAACUGCUUCGAACUCUUCGGCUACGACAUCCUUAUAGACGACAACUUGAAACCGUGGCUUCUGGAAAUCAAUCUAUCUCCCAGCUUGGCGUGUGAAAGUCCGUUGGAUGCUCGAGUGAAGUCUGCACUGCUGGCCGACACCCUGACCCUCGUGGGACUGCCCGCCGUACCUUCCACAGGGCAGGAAUGUGCCUCAAACAAUAACUCGCUCAAGAUGAGGAUCGGCGCUUGUCGACGCGUGCACUCCGCGGAGAAUGUUACCGGGCGUGGUGGCGGGGGAGGGGCGGGUGGAGGUGGAGGGGGAGGGGGAACACUGUCGGGGGAGGAGCUGCGCAUGGUGCGUGCCGUACGCGCUCAGUACGCGCGCCGCGGCGGCUACGUGCGCAUCUUCCCUUCGCAGAACUCCUGGCAGAAAUACGCGCAGUAUCUCGACCCUGUAACCGGCAUCCCAGUGUGCUCGACGUCAGUGAACAGCGGUGCGCCGUACGCAGCCCUACAGCACAACUACAACCUGCUCGUGCACGCGCACGUGCUGCCGCGCGCACGCCACGCCGACACGCAGCCGGACCCCGACGUGCCGCAGAGGCUGCAGCGGUACGAGGCGGUGCUGGUGGCGGGCGCGGCGCCGGCCGUGCAGCUGGGCGCGCCGCCCGCCCAGCCCGCCCCGCCCGCCCCUCGUGACGCGCGCCGCGCCAAGGACCUUGUCAAGCACCAGCUGGCCAGCGGACUGCGCCUCACUCCGGGCGAGUGCCGGCGCGCAUUCGGGCUGUACCUGACGCAGGUGGUGAAGCGGCUGUCGUGCGGCGGCGACGUGUGCGCCGCGCACGCCGCGCUCGUGCUGCGCUUCCUGCGCCGCGCCUCCGCAGCGCUGCGCAUGCCCUACCACGUGCAGGGCCCGCCCGCGAAGAUGUGUGACAAGGACCGAUGCGCGGUGGUGGCAAAGCAGCUGAACGACUUUCUGUACCUGUACUGCCGAGAUGCGGACCUGUGCACGGAUGCUGAACGCCGCGAAGGAUGCGUCUCCAACAUUGACUUCGCACAAUUCCUCUACUCUGCAAGCGAGGCGGACCUGGAGGACGUGCUUCUGCUGGUGCUGCGGAUGGAGAACCACGUGGCGCCGUUCCUGGGGGACGCGCGCAACCCGUACUGCGUGGACUUGCCAGCCGAGCGGCUGCAGCAGCUGCAGGCGGCGCCGCGCCACGCGCUGCUGCGCCUGCUGGCCGCGCUCGCGCCCGCCAGCACGCGCCGCCACCGGCCACCACCAGAAAUAACGAAGCAGCCAGUGACCCCCGCAGAAGAAAAUCAUCCACUCCGGUCCCCAGUGGAAGAAUCCUUACUAGAAGAAAAAAAAUUAGGAGAGGUACUAAAAUACGCACACUCAUAG